GACCUCUCGCAUUUGCCCGGAGAGAUUAAACUCGUUUGAUGGGACUUGACCAGAUACGUCACCGCGUCUGAACAGGGAGAAUAGUUUCGCCCGGUUGUCAUUCCCGAAGGAGGAAGAGGGUGUGUUUUCAAAUUUACCUGUUCAGUGCUCUUGGGGUCAUUUGGGGCACACGCACAUUUGUGGACCUCGACAUUAAGCGAGUUUAUUAUCGUGACGUAAAACGCUGGCUUCACUCAGGCGUAAAACGGAGAAGGCGAUAAAGGUACCCCAGCCUGAUCCGUUUACUCUGCUGAUGCUAAAAAGAUCCUGACACGUGGCUCCAACAUGAGUGUGACAUCGUGGUUCCUGGUGAGCAGCUCAGGCACACGCCAUCGGCUUCCCCGGGAGAUGAUCUUUGUUGGUCGAGAUGAUUGUGAGCUUAUGCUGCAGUCUCGUAGUGUGGACAAACAACACGCAGUGAUCAACUAUUCAUCAAACACAGAUGAGCACAUGGUGAAAGACCUCGGCAGCUUAAACGGGACCUUUGUGAACGACCUCAGGAUCCCGGACCAGACUUACAUCACCCUCAAGCUGUCAGACGUCAUUCGCUUUGGUUAUGAUACUCACGUGUAUAUCUUGGAGAAGAGUCAACACAAGGUCCCAGAAGAAGCCCUGAAACAUGAGAAGUACACCAGCCAGUUGCAGCUCAGUGUGAAAGGCCUGGAAGCCAAGACAAAAGAAAAACAGCAGCUCCAGAGCUCAGAAAAGAGCAAAGAGGGCAAACUUCAGGACCGAGCUGAGCGUAAAGCCCAAUCCCUCACAGCCUCCACCGAUACUCCAGGAUCUAAGCCUACUCCUCUAUACGGCCAACCAUCCUGGUGGGGGGAGGAUGAAAAUUCAGCCAAUCCAAAGAAGAAUAAUGAAGAAAGAAUUGAAGAGUCUCCGGAGCCUUCUAAAGACACUGUCAAAUAUGAGGUCAACGGGUCUGUGUCAGACAGUCAGGCCAAGUCCAUGUCGUCUUCUCGUCAGGAGCCCAACUACUUUGAAAUCCCAACAAAAGAGUUACAGCAGCAGCAGCCUAUAAAGAAACCUGAGUCUCAGCUUCACGAGGUUCCAACAAAGGACACAUCAGACCCGGCUCACGGGAUUCCUUCUACUCCCACGCCCCCCGUGGUGCAAAGCCACGCUUCCUUCACGAUCGAAUUUGACGACUGCACUCCAGGUAAAAUGAAGAUCAAAGACCACGUGACCAAGUUUGCUUUCCGGCAGCAGCGUAAACCACCCGCCGCAGAGGUCGCAACCACACCGACGGAGGUGAUAUCUGCAGAAAACAAAGUAGCUGAUUGGCUAGUCCAAAGUAAUGCUAGUCUGAUGAAGAGGAGGAAGUCGCUGUGUGAAGAUAUGUACAGUACCAACAGUGACCCGUCUAUGUUUGAGGUUGCCAAAGAACACAGAGAUGAUGUUAACCAUCUUCCAACCCGAGAUGAGGGUUUCAACCAAUCAGAGCUUCACUUUUCAGAAACCUCAAGAGCUGCCACAGCACAACACUUUUCCUCUCUAGAUUCUGGCGACUCUCCAGCAGAGUCUCAAUCUAUUUCCACCCAAAGCAACUUUGAGCCUCACCAAGCCUUUGUCAUUGAAUUCUUUGAUAACUCACGGAAAACCCGCAAUAACAUUUCACCUGAGCCCUCAGGGCAGGAGAAAACCAAGAGCUCGAGCCCUUCUGGAGGCAAACAGACUCCACCCACAUCCUUAAACACGCCUCCAACGCAGCGAUACACGAUCCCACUGAAGGAUGCCGCCCCCUCAGGAUUUCAACGCUCUGGCUCUCUACGAAGAGAGAAGACAGAGGACCGCAUCAGCACCGGUUUUUCCUCCCGCUCCUCCUCCUCCGUACCGUCAAGACCCUUUAGUAGCGUAGGCCGGAGAUCUAAGCUGACGCAGGAAUUCACCGCCGAAUUACGCAAACAGCAGAAACAGAACUCUUCUUCUAGCUUGGGCAAAAGCUCCUCUAGCUCCCCUAAAAUGGCUCACAGAAGGACCGUUGUCGUUUUACAGUCCAGCCAAAGUUCUGCAAGUCCCCCUCCAGCGGAUGAACUUGUCAAGCCUCAGACUUCUUCCCCUAUCCACGACCCUCUGAAAACACCCGCCAUGGCCCAGGCUUCCCACACCGUGGAAGUCCAGAGUCACAGAAAUGAGGAGGAGGACAAUCUGAGUGAUGCAGGAACGUACACCAUCGAAGCAGACAUUCAGGAUAAAGAGCUGGAGGAAGCACGGCGCAAGAUCGAUCAGGUCUUUGGUCUCAGUGAGAGCCCAGAACCAUUGUACUGCAGUGCAGCAGAGACAUCAUCAGCGUUUAGGCCUGUUGUUGGUCAGGGCAGGGAGGAGGAUAGGCAGAGUAGCUGUGAGGGAGUGAGGCCAGCUCCAGAGCAGGGACAUGAUCUGAUGAAGGUUCCGGCAGCAGGUGCGGGGUUACUCCAGAGUCCAAAGUGGAAGUGUUGUUGGGCCAGCCUGGCAGACACUUACACAGAAUCUGGCCCGCCGUCUGGCCUCUCUGACACCGCUUCCCAGAUGGAACUGUCAGGAGAGGCACGAGGUGCUCUCAGCCAACGCCAGGACAAGUUAGACGCUGACGGUUCAAAAGCUCGGCGCAGUUUACCUCAACUACCAGGAGAGAGGAGUGACGCUCCGAUGCCCAGUAUUCAUGUUCACUAUAACCCCAAUUCAACGUUUGAAGUAGAGGAAAAAGGUUUGAAGCCUGAAGAUGGUAUUUACAGGUUAACCGUGCAGGACGACGUAGAACCAGACAGUCUGAGUGAUGCCAGCAAGUCGGAUGAUGGAUCUAUCGUGGAUCAGUUUCAAGGGGAAAAGCUUGAAAGCUCCGUGAAGUCUACGUCUUUCUACAUCGGAUCAGGAGAGGAGGUCACAGCACAAUCUGGAUUAAAUCACAAUACACCUAAGACUGAAAGAAAACACACAACUAAAUCAUUCUCAACGGCCACUCUUACCAAACAAAAAGGGGCUCACGACACUGGCAGAGUCAAACCCAACGCUUCAGAACCUGUGCUGGGACACAGGAUGCAGAGUCCUGAGGGGAAAGAAGCAGCAGUGUCGUUAAUCAGACAGGAGAGCUUUACCAAGGAGGGACCUAUUAAUGCCAAACUGCCAAACAUUUCUGCUCAGUCUUUUCAAAGAGAUCCAGACGCAGCGUUUUUCCAAGGGAGCACCGGUCAGGAGACGCAUUCUUACCUCAAGCAGACUGAGGAUGCUCUGGCGGUUCUGGAAGCCAAACUGCAAUCAGGACAUCCCAGGGUCACUCCAUCGCCCAUCGCAGACUCUCUAUCAGGAGAAUCUGACAUUGAUACCUCCAGCACAAUCAGCCAGCAGAGCAAUAAGACCAAGCCAAAAACGUCUAGCGGUUUCUAUCGAGAGAGGUCUCAUACUUUUGGAACCAGUCAGGAUGCAAGCCUUCAAUCGAAAAAGCAGCGCUUGUUCGGAUCAAGCAACAACAAGAUGGAUCCUGCCAAGAGGCCGGUGGCACUCCGACGAAGCGUAGGAAAGCGUGGCUCCGUGGAUCUAAGUGAUGACACCCAGAGUCUGCCGUACUCUGAUCAGGAGUCCAACAACAGCCAAGCACGCACCAAGUACACCGUCCCCCUUCAGAAGGGGGACAGCAAGACCACAAAAGCGUCUCAGGCUUUAAAUCGUGCCAACAGCUUGUCUGCACCGAGACCCACGCGGGCCUCCAUGCUCCGCCGUGCACGCUUAGGAGAGUCCGACAACGAAGGGAUGGAGCCCGACAAGCUGGCCCAGGAGGCCAACGGCUCGUCCUCUAAACAGCCCCAGGAAGCCAAGAAACUCUCCCGACUGGAUAUGCUGGCUAUGCCUCGCAGGCGAGCAGGUUCCUUCAACACACCCAGCGACACCGAGGCCCCCUCCACCGCCCAGUGGACGGGCAAGAGCGCCGGAAUGUCCAACCGCAGCACAGAGUCGAGCAGCAGUUCAGUUCAGAGGGCGUCUACUUCCGGAACCAAGCCCAUCGAAAGGCCGCAGAAGCCGGUUCUCAGUAAAACCCCGCUUACCCGGGCGCGCUCCAGCAUCGCCAAAUACAGCAGCAGCACAGCGAGCUCUAGGAGGCGGCAGAAGGGCUCUGACUAUACCUCUACCUCAGAUGAGGAGUACGACUCAAACUGGAGCCACCUUAAACACAAACGCUCCCAACCUUCCUCAGCUUCUCAAAGUUCCCGCGGUCAGCCUUUGGUGGCGCGGCAUCCGAAGCCCCACAGAGACUCUGAGGAGGAAGUCCAGGGAGAGAGCUUCCACAGCUGGUCUGCACACAGUGCGGAGAUUGCCCGGUUGAGUCAAGAUCUGGCCAAAGACUUGGCUAUUUUAGCCAGAGAGAUCCACGACGUUGCGGGUGACGGCGAUCCGCAGAUCUCCGAGGUGGAGAACGGGGCAACUUCUUCUACUGCUGCUGCUCAUGAGCAGAGUCUAGAAUCUGGAUUAAACCAUCGAGUCCAGCCGAGUUCUGCAUCCAGACAGGAAUCGGAUCUGAGUUUAAUCAACCACGGACAGAAAUCCAAACAACGAGCUCAAAGCAGAGAGGAGGACUCCCUGGACAGUUUGGCGCUGAAUCCAGUUUAUCAGGUCAUAAUGGCCAUCAGUGAAAACACGGAGGAACUUUCAGAAAAAAUAAAGGCUCUGUUUCAGGAUAGGAUUGACAUCUGGGAAGAGAUGGAGACAAAGAUGGAUGCUGAUGGGGAUUUCCCAGAUAUUCCAACGUCAAACAAGGACAUGAUGUCUAUACUAAAGAAACUUUUCAGUGUUCAGAAGCAGCUGGAAGUCAUCAACACCAUCAUGGGGCCCUGCAGUACACCAGAACCUCCCAGGACUUCUGCCUCCUCCUCAUUGGGAGGUAGAUCCUCCAGAGUUUCCUCCUCACGAGACUGGAGGACGGUCCACUCCGUCUCCAAACGGGGCGGAGGCCCGAGGCCCGGCGAGAGUGUCCGGAGAGCUGCGGUUACUCCAGAAGAUCUUAGACAAGCAUAUUUAGUCUGACAUCCAUUUUUUUUUAAGUUCUGCUGAAUUUCUGCCAUAAAUAAACCCCCCCAUGCUGAUUGUGCACAAGUGAAAGCAGGUAAAGGAGAAGUGAGAGGCCUCCAGCUCAUCCAGACCCGCUCACAAACCCGAGACAUUUCACGUUUCCCCUUUAACACACCUGAACCAGAUUCCGGUUGUUACAAAUUGAGCUAUUUUUGCCAAUGAGAAGAAGUAAAUUUUAAGUUGUAAUCAUGUGGUUUACUGGGAAUCAGCCUGAGCAGGAACAUCUCAGGGAAAUCUUUAGAAAAGUUUGUUUACAGCCGACUCAUUUUCAGGCACAGCAUUUCAGUCAAACGGAGCUUGUUGGUGGAGGUGGAGCGACCAAACGUGACUUCUUUUUUUUUUCCCAUGAAUGUAUUUAUGUUAUGAUCCUUUAUAUUAUACCACAUCGGUAGAAGAUUGUGGAAACUAUCAGUUUUGGGAGCUUUCAUACAGUUUAUUCAAUGUUGCACAGUUGUUAUAAGAAAGUUAAACCUAAAAAGAAAAAUUCACUCCGCAGUGAAAAAAACUUGCAGGUUUUUAACUUAAAUUAUACAUAUAUUAAAUAUAUAAAUCCUUGCUGGUUUAUAAGGUGCACUUUGUGUCAAAAACAGUUCUAAAAGCACACAAUUAAACACUACAUUAUAGUUAAACAUACAGACUGUCAGAGCAUUGUGAUGCCAGUUUCCCUAAAGUCACAAGUUCUCUUUAGCUGAGUUCCACAUGACCAUUAAUUUUAGCAUUCAAGUUGUAAAACCUGAUUUGUGUUGAGUAAAUGUCUGAUGACUUAUGUGUAUAUAUGUUGUGCA